UGCAUGUUUCAUCAUCAUCAUCCUCACAGUCGUGCGUGUAUUUGAGCCGAAGAGCGGAGGAGUGUGUGUGUGUUAUCAGGAUGGAGGUGAUGGAGGCAGAGCUCGAGGAUCUCUGGAGACUGAAGGAAUUCGCGCCAGACUUUCGCGGGUGCUCAGGAUGAAAUAAACCCCCUGGAGAAGAGAACUCAUCAGCCGCCACCAUGGUUUCAUCGUUGCUCUCCGUCGACGAAACGGUCGCACAAAGCAACGCAACUCCGCUUUGCUUCUCCAUUAACAACUUUACUUUCAAAGCCAACCACACCAUCGCCUCUGCGUACUUCUCGGCAGUCUUCAGCGGACUCGGAUUGAGCUCCAACCUCUUCGCCCUGGUGGUCCUGGCCAAGACUUUCCAGCACACCAAGAGCCGCUCGCGUUCCUCAUUCCUGAUCUUCCUCGGUGGUCUGGUGUUCACCGACUUCAUGGGACUGUUGGUCACGGGGUCCAUAGUGGUGUCCUUCCACAUCACGCACUUUAACUGGCGCCAACUGGACCCUCACUGCCACUUUUGCAACUUCAUGGGCAUGUCAAUGGUCUUCUACGGGCUUUGCCCGCUUCUUCUCGGCGCCGCUAUGGCUAUGGAGCGUUACAUAGGCAUCAACCGACCCUUCGCACGUUCAACUGCCAUGACCAACUCAAGAGCGUGCUCAACGGUGGCCAUUGUGUGGGUCACAGCCGGUUGCAUUAGCUUGUUGCCAUUAGCGGGGUUGGGAAACUACCACCUCCAGAUACCCGGAUCCUGGUGCUUCCUCAACAUCAGCUCCAAACCUCUGGACAUGACCUUCAGCUUGAUCUUCUCGCUCGUCGGCCUGCUCUCACUGGCCGUGUCGUUCCUGCUCAACACGGUGAGCGUGAUCACUCUCCUGAGGGUGUGUUGCGGACAGGACAGCGGGCAACGGAGACGAGACUAUGAAGUGGAGAUGAUGGUGCAGCUCAUCUUGAUCAUGGCCAUCGCCUCCAUCUGCUGGUGCCCUUUACUGGUGUUUAUUGCGCAGACCGUGCUGUCCGGGGGCGAGCUCAAAGUGCGCCAGCUGCUUCUCUGGCUUCGGUUUGCGACGUUGAACCAGAUCCUGGACCCCUGGGUCUACAUCCUCUUCCGACGGGCCGUUCUGAAGCGGGUCGCGCCCAACAUGGACUGGUCCCGCGGGUCGAUCGCGAGCAUCUCCACGUCCUUGCGCAGACUCACGCGCGCCUCGCUGGGGGGAACAGGGGACCGAUCGGAGAACAUCCGGACAAAUCCUGACAAAUCCAGACACCAGGAGACGCCUUUCCCUGUGCAGAACAUCCCAGCCUCGUCUUGCUCUGUUUAGCAAACCAGGGGUGUGUUUCCCGAAAGCAUCGUUUGCCAACUAUGUUCCGUCGUUAUCAGCAGUUCAAC